CAUAAUUAUCGGUGCGACAUACUCAGGCUAAUGUCGCACAAUGCCUAACAUUUUAAUGGCUCAAUACCAGUCCAGACCAUUUGAGGAACUUGCUUAUUAGAGUAAAAUGUCCCACGUAACUAUUUUAACAGGAGCUUCAAGAGGUAUUGGUAAAGCAAUUGCUGAAAUCCUCUUAACUACUAAUGAUCAAACCAAAUUAAUUGCAGUAGCCAGAUCCGGUGAUAAUUUGAAAGAUCUCGAAGAAAAAUAUGGUAGUGAUAGAGUCGGUAUAGUCAUUGGAGAUGUAGCUGAACAAUCCACUACCAAAGCUGCUAUUGAUUUGGCAAUUAAGAAAUUUGGUCAAAUUAAUAGUGUCAUUGCUAAUGCUGGUGUAUUGGAUCCAGUGGGACCAAUUGAACAAACUGAUUUAGCUAAAUGGAAAAGAUUAUAUGAUAUAAAUUUAUUUGCAGUAGUGGACAUAAUUCAACAAUCAUUACCUGAAUUAAAAAAGACUAAUGGUAAUAUAAUUGCUGUAUCUUCUGGUGCAUCAUUAAAACCAUACAAUGCAUGGUAUGCUUAUGGUAGUUCCAAAGCAGCUUUAAAUCAUUUAAUAGCAUCCGUAGCAGAAGAAGAAACUGAUAUUCAAUCCAUAUCUAUAGCACCAGGUGUUGUAGAUACAGCUAUGCAACAAGAUAUUAGAAAUGUGUUUGGUAAAAAAAUGGCUCCUGAUGCAUUAUCAAGAUUUACUGAUUUACAUAAAAAUAAUCAAUUACUUAAGCCUGAAACACCUGCUACAGUUUAUGUCAAUUUAGCUAUUAGAGGUUGGUCUAAAGAAGUCAAUGGAACAUAUUUAAGAUUUGAUGAUAAAAGCUUAGUUAGCUACACUAAAUAGAUAUAAUAGAAGUAGUAUACACUACAAAUAUUUGUGUUGAUAAUUAUCGCGUCAAUUUAUCUCCAUGGAAAAUUUUAGUGAGCCGACUUAAAUUUUACUCU